AUGCCUUCUAUAUUCCCUGCCGGCUUACUUGUAGGCAGCAAUGCUCUACAGGACGCUGUUUCGAAGGGAGGGAGCUAUGAGACCUCCAGAGUUAUAACAAAUUAUCAGGGACCGUUCCCUGCAUGGAGUGUUGCAGAAGAUAUCAAGCGACGAGCUGAGUCUUCCCAACAAGGUGUUCCAAAAGGUCCAGGGCCUGCUGGCAGAAUUGAGCUUUAUUCUGGAAAAUAUUAUGCCUCUUGUAUAACAGGCGGCAUGCUUGCCUGCGGUUUAACGCAUGCUGCUGUAACACCCAUGGAUCUAGCAAAAUGCCGACUCCAGGUCGACUCCACAAUGUACAAAGGUAUCAUUGAUGCUUGGAGUAAAAUUGGUCGUGCUGAAGGUAUUCGUGGAAUUUAUACAGGCUGGGGGCCAACAUUCUUUGGCUAUUCGGCUCAAGGAGCGUUCAAAUAUGGCGGAUAUGAGUUCUUUAAGAAAUACUACUCCGACAUUCUAGGGGAGGACAUUGCUAGCCGUUGGAAGACCCCAAUUUACCUUGCAGCAAGUGCGACGGCAGAAUUUAUUGCGGAUAUCGCCCUCUGCCCCUUUGAAGCAGUAAAGGUCCGAAUGCAGACUACUAUCCCACCAUUCGCAAGAGGGACAUUUCCCGCCAUCUCGCAUGUUACUGCAAAGGAGGGUGUAUCUGGGCUAUACAAAGGACUCUACCCUCUUUGGGGUAGACAAAUUCCAUACACGAUGAUGAAGUUUGCCUCCUUUGAGAAGGUAGUGGAGAUGAUAUACAACUACCUUCCUGGUCAAAAAUCAGACUAUAACAAAGGGGCGCAAACAGCUGUCGCAUUUGCUGGGGGUUAUGUGGCUGGCAUUCUCUGCGCAGUCGUAUCCCACCCAGCAGAUGUGAUGGUUAGUAAACUUAAUGCCAGCCGUUUACCUGGUGAAGCCUUCGGCAUAGCUACGGGGCGCAUCUAUAAACAAAUUGGAUUCAUGGGGUUAUGGAAUGGACUCCCCGUCAGGAUUGUAAUGGUUGGAACUCUGACUGGCCUUCAAUGGAUGAUCUACGACUCGUUCAAGAUUAUUAUGGGUCUGCCGACUACGGGUGGUCCAACACCCGUCAAAUAG